CAAAUUAACGAUGAACUUGACCAUGGGCCAUGCUUUGCAUCGAAGCAUCCCGGGGAGCAAAUCAACGGUUACAAUUGGAUAGUCGCACAACGCACAUCUGGUGGCUCCCUGCUCCAGUUUUCUACGCCCCCUCCAGAUCCGAUCUGAUCCACGCCGGCGAGACACCGGAGGACCGCCAUGACGCUCAGCCUCCGCCGCAAGCAGCUCGAUGUUAUCGUGCGGAUGCUGCACCUGAGCCAGCAGCAGUUGUCGAACGCCGGCGAGGGGCAGGGGGAGGACGAUGCGUACAAGAUCCUGGUGAUGGAUCAGCCCUGUAUCUCCGUCCUCUCGCCGGUGCUCAAGCUCGGCGACCUCCGCCACCACGGUGUCACCCUCACCCUCAACAUCGACCGUCCGCGGCAGGCGGUGCCCGAUGCGCCGGCCGUCUACUUCGUCCGGCCCACCCCCGGAAACGUGGACCGCCUAGCGGCCGACGCCGCCGCGGGGCUAUACGGGUCUUUCCAUGUCAACUUCUCCACCUCCGUCCCGCGAUCGCUGCUUGAGCGCCUCGCAACCGCCUGCGCCGCCGCUCCGCCCGCGUGUGCGGGCCGCGUGGCGCGCGUUGCUGACCAGUACAUCGACUUCGUCUGCCUCGAGGAUGGCCUCUUCUCGCUAGCGCAGCCCCGGGCCUACGUCGCACUAAACGACCCCGCGGCUGCCGACACUGACAUCACUGCCCUCGUCGACGCCGUCGCGCUGGGUCUCUUCUGCGUCGUCGUCACGCUUGGUGUUGUGCCUGUCAUCAGGUGUGCGCGCGGUGGGCCAGCGGAGAUGGUGGCCGGCGCCCUAGACGCCCGGCUCCGCGAUCACCUACUCGCCAAGCCCAACCUCUUCACGGAAGCUGCAUCUGCCGCCGUCGCGUCAUUCCAGCGCCCUGUGCUGUGCCUCUUCGACAGGAAUUUCGAGCUGUCUGUUGGGGUGCAGCACGACUGGAGCUACCGCCCGUUGGUGCAUGAUGUGCUUGGCUUGAAGCAGAACAUUCUGAAGUUGCCGGCAGAGAAGUACGAAUUGGACGACUCUGACAAAUUCUGGGUGGCAAACAGCUGGUCUCCAUUCCCCAAAGUUGCUGAGGAAAUCGAGGCGCAGCUGGCCAAGUACAAGCAGGAUGUGGAUGAAGUGAACCAUCGCACUGGUGGUGGCAAGGUUGGGGCUGAGUUUGAUGGUACUGAUCUGAUUGGCAACACUAAGCAUCUCAUGAAUGCGGUGAACUCACUACCAGAACUGACAGAGCGGAAGAAGAUGAUUGAUAAGCACACCAAUAUUGCAACAUCAUUGCUUGGGCAUAUCAAGGAGAGGUCUCUGGAUGGAUACUGCGACUGUGAGAAUGAUAUGCUUGUGAAUGGUACUGUUGACCGGAAUACACUGCUGAGUCUCCUCAGAGGGAAGGGCACUAAGGAAGAUAAGCUUCGGCUAGCUGUGACCUACCUGCUGUCCUUCGAGACACCACCAUCAUCUGAACUGGAGCAGGUUGAGGCCACUCUGCGGGAAUCCGAAGUUGACAUGUGUGCAUUUCAGUAUGUAAAGAGGAUAAAGGCAUUGAAUACCCAAUUUGCAGCUGCUUCAGGCACAGCAACUAAGAGCAACAUUGUCGAUUGGGCAGAGAAGCUGUAUGGGCAGUCCAUUAGCGCUGUGACUGCAGGUGUAAAGAAUCUCUUGUCAGAUGGGAGGCAGCUGGCCUUGACAAGAACAGUUGAAGCUCUGAUGGAAGGGAAACCAAACCCAGAGGUGGAUGACUACCUUUUGUUUGAUCCACGGGCUCCUAGGUCAGGAACUGGUGGGCAGUUUAAAGGACCCUUCAGAGAAGCUGUUGUUUUCAUGAUCGGUGGUGGAAAUUACAUUGAGUACAAGAGCUUGAUGGAGCUAGUGCAACACUCACAGCCUUCCAAGCAUGUUAUUUAUGGUGCAACAGAAAUUCUGAGUGGGUCCGAGUUUAUUCACCAACUGGCAGAAUUGGGGCAGAAAGCCGGAUUGGGUGGUGGCAGCAGCAACAUACCACUAGGUUCAGCACAAUAGUAGACCAUUUCUAUCCCUUUAACCUUACUGACAAACCUUUCACAAGUAUGCAAGGUGUCAUGGGUGUUGAGCCCUAGGGUAGCUGGACCUCGGCUGGCUCUCCUCCUAGAGGGGCUGUGGCCCCACAUGACACAAGGAGAGCUUUGUUGUUUCUUAACUGAGCUACCACUGAAAGAAGAUGGAGGAUCCAUGCUUGGAAAACAGAUUUAUUGAUAAUUACUUGUUCGUACCAAGGCUUGUGAGUUGUGACUCCCGCUUGUAUAUUGGUCAAAGGGAAAAGGGGGACAGCAGAUUAUCACUCACAAUCUUCCCCUAAUCCUGCUUGUCAGCCCUUGAACUCCAUGCCCAUCAGCCCCCUUAGCUCCAUGAACCGAAGCCUGCCAAGUGACUUGGUGAGAAUGUCAGCGAGUUGCCGAUUUGUGUCGACGAACUCGAUGACGAUCUGCCUCUCCUCGACGCAAUCACGAAGGAAGUGGAACUUCACAUCAAUGUGUUUGCUUCGGUCGUGGAGGACAGGGUUCUUUGCCGCCAGCGCUAUUGCUGGCUGGUUGUCCACCUUCAGCGCUGGCAGCCGGGGCUCAGCACCUGUGAGCUCCCCCAGCAGCCGGCGCAUCCACACCAACUGGCAUGCUGCGGUGGCGGCGGCGACGUAUUCUGCUUCGCAAGUCGAUAGCGCCACCGUCUUCUGCUUUAGCGACUGCCAGGCAACAGGUGCUGCGCCGAGGAAGACCAGCACGCCUGAGGUGCUGCGCCGUCCAUCGACAUCGCCACCAUGUCCGCAUCACUGAAAGCCGUGAGCUCCAGCUCGCCUCCAUCAGACCCAUCGCCUUUAGGGAAGACGAGAGCCUAGUCCACCGACCCCUGGAUGUAGCGCAACACCCGCUUGACUGCCAUCCAGUGAUCCUUCCGCGGAUCUUCCAUGAACCGGCUCACAUACCCGACCGCGAACGCGAUGUCCGGCCGAGUAUGGGUGAGCUAGCGCAGCCCGCCGACAAUGCUCCGGUAGUGCGUCGCGUCCACCUUCUCCGUCGCGCUCUGCUUCGACAGCUUGAUCCACUCUUCCAUCGGGGUCGCCGCAGGCUUGCAGUUGGCCAUGCCGGCCCGCUCUAGCAGCUUCCGCGCGUAGGCGCGCUGCCCCAACGUGACUGCCCUGCUUCCCUGUCUCACCUCGAUGCCGAGGUAGUAGCUCAGCGUGCUGAGGUUGGUCAUCUGAAACCGUGCAGCCAUCUCGACUUUGAAGGAUGCAAUGUCCUUCUCCCACGCACCGGUGACGAUCAAGUCAUCAACGCACACCCUGACGACAAGCUCUUCCUUCCCCCGUCGGCGGGUGUAUAGGGCGUGCUCUGUGGCGCACCGUGCGAACUUGAGCUCCGCCAUGGUGGUGUCGAGCUUGGAGUUCCAGGCCCGCGGCGCCUGCCGCAAACCGUAGAGCGCCUUCCUAAGGCGGAGCACCUUGUGCUCGGCCUCCUUCACGACGAAGCCUGGAGCCUGCCUCACGAAGACCUCCGACAAGUCGCCGUUGAGGAAAGCGGACUUGACGUCGAGGUGGUGGACUGCCCAGUCCUUGGCCGCCGCCAUGGCUAGCACGAGCUGCACCGACUCCAUGUGUGCCAUUGGCGUGAACACCUCCUCGAAAUCGAUCCCCUCUCUCCGCACGAACCCCCGAGCGACGAGCCGCGCCUUGUGCUUCACCACCGCGCCAUACUCGUCCUUCUUCACCUUGUAGACCCAUUUGAGUCCAAUCGGCCGGCAUUCUGCCGGUGGAUCGACCAAGUCCUAGGUCUGAUUUGCUUCAAUCUGCCGCAUUUCCUCGAGCAUAGCCCGCCGCCACUCCGGUUCGCGCUCCGCAGCUGUGAAGGUGGCCGACUCCUCUGUGCUCAUCAUCAUAAGCUCCUCCUCUUCACCUAGCUGCUGUGCUGCCAAACCUGGAGUUGCUGCAUCAUCGAGGAUGUUGUCCACGCGGCGGAAUUGUACCUCGCCGUCGUGGAAGGCAUCCAUGAACUCGGUGACGUCUGGAGGUGGAGUGGCAACUCGAUCUGAGCCGUCAUCGGAGUCCCCUGCUCUUGUCCCAGAGCAGAGUGAGACGGAGUACCGCCCGUCGUGGCUGGACUGGGCGGCUCAGCUUCCCCUGCUGUUGGCGCCCCGUCCCCUGCUUCCCCUGCUCCAGGGGCAACCGCUCCCUCCACGACUCCUGCUGGCGUGUGGACCUGGCUGGUGAUGACAAGUUGCUCAACGACGAAGGACCCGCUGAUCCCGUGCGCGCCCUCUCCUUCUGCCGUCUCUUCCUCAUCCCAUCUCCAUGCCGCCGCAUUGUCGAACAUGACGUCGCGGGACACUGUCACCCUCCCGGCGACUGGAUCGUAGAGCCUGUAGGCUUUUGACCCUUCCUCGUAGCCGAGGAACACCAUCUUGGUGCUCCUGUCUUCAAGCUUGGUGAGGCCGGGCUUGGUGUUCUUCACGUGCCCGAUGCACCCGAACGUGUGCAUGAACGCCACGCCUCGAAUGGCGUCUUCCCCUCCAGUGCCUUUGUGGGAGCUGUUGUGAAUGAACACCGCCGUGCUCAUUGCCUCGCCCCAGAACGCCGCCGGCAUCCCCUUGGCCUUCAACAUGCACCUUGCCAUCCCGACGAUGGUCUGGUUUCGACAUUCCACCACGCCGUUCUGCUGCGGUGAGUAGGGUGUCGUGAGAUGGCGUUCCACCCCUCCUCCGUGCAGUAAGUGGCGAACUCUACGCCGUGAACUUGCCGCCACGGUCCGUCCGCAACACGUUCAGCUUCUUCCCAGACUCCGCCUCCACCGUCUCCUUGAAGUGCUUGAUGGCGUCCGCUGCUUCGCCUUUGCUCGCCAGAAGCUGCAGCCACAUGUAUCGACUGCAGUCAUCUACGAGCAGGAGGAAGUACCUCCGCCCGCCAUGCGUGGCCGGAGUGAUGGGUCCGCAUAAGUCGCCGUGAACUGGCGCCUUGGGGAACAACAAUCUUCUCUGCUUCCCCACCAGGCAGCUGUUGGGCAUUCCCCUCACCAUCGCCGCCAGCUUGCCCAGCGCGUUGAAGUAAAAAUGCCCGUAGCAGCCAUGCCACAGCCACGACUCUUCCGUGCACUGUGCCGCCAGGCAUAGCAGCUGUUCGACCUUCAGGUCCAGCAAGAACAGCCGAUUCUUCGACCUUGUGACCUUAGCCAGCAACCGCCGCUCUUGGUCACGAAUCCGCAGCACACCGCCCUUGAUCACCACCUUAGCACCGUGUCGUCCAGCUGCCCGAGGCUGAUGAUGCUCGUCUUUAGCUGUGGGAUCCAGUAGACAUCCGUCAGCGCCCGAUGUUCGCCAUUCCGACACCGGAACAGGACGGUGCCAUGGCUGCGGAUCGCCACCCGGGAGCCAUCACCGAACUUGACGCUCCUGGUGGUUUCUUCAUCCAGCUUGGAGAAGACUGCGCGGCACCCCGUCAUAUGGUUGCUCGCGCUCGUCGCCAACUGCCCCCAGAUGGACCUGCGCCCGUGGCUCGUCAAGAUCGAUGGUACACGCAGCAGUCCCUUCCUCCGCCUCCGCCUCCCUGUUUCACCUUGGAGCGCGUAGUACUCCCCCAUCAUGAGAGCGUGCUCGUCGCCGUUGCUGUCCGCAGCCGCUAGAUGCGCCUCCUUCUCCGGCUUUUGACCCGGGCAUUCGCGUGCCCAGUGCCCGACCUUGCCGCACUUGCGACAGGCGUUCGGUUCGGUGAACUUCUUCUUGCCUUCUUGUCCACCGAGCCCUUUCCCUGCUGCUUGCCGCCGCCGCCGCGGUCACCACCGCCACGGCUGGAGCCUUCCCCUGCUCGACGCUUCUCCUUCAUGCGCACCGUCCACUCCUCCUCGGACAGCAAGAGCUUGGGCUUCUCCUUCUCCUGCGCCGCCGUGCUGCGACUCUACACUACUGGUAGCCGCCCAGGCACGUCCUCAAGAGACAAUG